CCGCCCUGCCCUGCCCAUCCUGCCCUGCCCGCUGUCACGGCUCCGGCACCGCGGCUGCCGGGCAUGGGCACCCUGCCCAAGCCAGCGCAGCCCUGCCCGGCACCUGCAGCACGCCGAGGACAGCUUCAGACUCUUGACAUGGAGGAAAUCGUGGUGGAAACGGUCCUGGCCCCAUGGGAAAUCCUGCUGGUGAUUUUUGCUGCAGUGCUGGUAAUGAGUUUCCUGAUGCUGCUGCCGCCGGCUGCGGUGGUGAUCUGGAGGAUGAAGCGCAUGCCGCAGAUCUCGCUGCACGGCUCGGUGUGAGCCAGCCCUGCCGCACCCCGGGAGGAUGGCUCACAGGGAUAACAUCGCCCAGGAUCACUCUCACGACCUGUGAUCCACCCAAAGGCAGUGGGGCUACCACUCUGUUGCUACUAAGUUCCUAUGAAAAGAGAAUGUGUGUGAUUUUAUCAUCAUGAAUGGCAGUCCUCGGCACUUUCCCUUCCAUUUUUUGGCUGGGCUGUAAUUACUGUUGUUGGCUCAGUUCCUAGACUGAGUUCUUCUCUUGUGUUAUAAUGGACUGAAAGAGAAGCAAGGAUAAUGCAGCAUUGUAUUCCCUUAAUUAAUACCAGGAAAGCUUCCCUCUCUACAGUUAUGCUGUAAAUAUUACCGAAGCCUUUAGCUGACUGACAGUUAUGCAGGACUUAUCAAAAGCAUGCAGGAUACUCUGGGGAGACAGUAGUUCAAUCUGGUUAUAUUGCAAAA